AUGUCGGGGAAUAAGCUGAGCUUUUUGGAUAUGCCAGCUCCGGCGGGGUAUGUGCCGGGGCUGGGUCGAGGUGCCACGGGGUUCACAACACGAUCCGAUAUCGGGCCUGCUAAGGCCGGGAUCGUGGGUGAUGCGGUGAGGGCCGGUGAGGGCGACGGGAAUGUCGUGGACGAUGAAGAGCGGUUUCGCGAUCCUGAGAACGAUUCGGGGCUGUUGAGAUCGGGCUUUUUGGACGCAGAUGAUGCCGAGGCUGAUAGGAUUUACGAGGCCAUUGAUCAGAGAAUGGAAGAGCGCCGCAGACAGCAGCGGGAGGCUCGUGAGAGGGAGGAGCAGGAGGAGUUUGAACGGAAGAACCCGAAAAUUUCUACUCAGUUUAAAGAUCUGAAACGGGCAUUGGGCACAAUUUCUGCUGACGAAUGGGCCAGUUUGCCGGAAGUCGGUGAUCUGACGAGGAAAAACAAACGCCAGAGAAAAGAUAUGGAGCGCCGGUUUUAUGCUCUUCCUGAUAGUGUGAUUAUGGGAGCUAGAAACUCAGGAGCAGUUGAUUCCAGUAUUGAAGCUGGUGGUGCUGCUGGUUUGGACGAGACUGAUGAGACUAUCACGGAUUUUCGAUCGAUUUCGCUGGCCAAAGACAAAAUGCUUGGUCUUAGAUUGGACCAAGCAGGCACGACUGCUGUUCCUGGUUCGCUUACUAACGGUAAUGGAGUUGGAUCAGUUUUGAAUACAUCGAAUAAUGAGCUGGUCAAUGGCACCGAGAAUGGUAGACAGACUUCUGUACAACGACAGCCAGUGUAUGGAGGAGCCAGUACCAUCGAUGCCAAGAGCUAUCUGUCAUUAUCGGCAUCAGCAGGUGUUUCAGGAGCAGAAAUUGGCGAUAUUAGAAGAGUUCGUCCACUUCUAGAAUCUUUGGUGAAAACUGAUCCAAAAGAACCACGAGGUUGGAUUGGUUUGGCCCGGUUGGAGGAAAUUGCCCAUAGAAUGAACAAGGCAAGAUCCGUUAUUCAACAGGGAUGUGAUAAUUGUCCUCGAAACGAGGAUGUAUGGUUAGAAAAUAUCCGUCUUCAUGAUAAGCGAACAGGUAAGAUUAUAGCCGCCAAGGCUGUUGGAAUGAUUCCCAACAGUAUCAACCUCUGGCUGGCAGCAAGUGAUUUGGAAGACGAUGUCAAUGCGAAAAAGAGAGUCAUUCAAAAGGCAUUAGAAAGUAAUCCUACAAGUGACACACUUUGGAAAAAGGCAGUUAAUCUAGAGUCUGAACCGAAUGACGCUAAAUUGCUGCUUGCCCAAGCUGUCGAAUUAGUGCCUUUGGCUGAAGACCUGUGGCUAGCAUUGGCUAGAAUAGAAACCUAUAAAAACGCUAGAAAAGUGCUUGGAAAGGCCAGAAAAGCUUUGCGAGUAUCAAGAGCAGUAUGGAUUGCAGCAGCACGACUUGAAGAACAAGAAAAAGGCGAUGCCAAGACUGUUGACAAUAUUAUGAGCAAGGGAGUCCGUGAACUAGAAUCGGAGGGUGGUUUGCCUGAACGUACAGUAUGGAUUUCUGAGGCCGAGCAAUGUGAAUCGGAAAAUGCCCCUCUUACUUGUCAUGCUAUUAUUAAAACUACCAUUGCUCAAGGACUAGACGAAUCCACUGUGGAUGACGACGAUAAAAAAGCUACUUGGCUUGAGGACGCUAAAGGAAGCAUCUCUCGAGGGUUCCUCGACACAGCCAGGUCUAUCUAUAAUUAUGCUCUUGAAAAGUUCCCUACAUCACGAACUCUAUGGAUGGAUUUAGUAAAGUUAGAACAGUUAGAAAAGACAGCACCUAAACCUCCUGUUACUAGUACUAAUGGCUUGGACGAGUCAAAUACACAACUGGCUAUUGUUAAUGGUAAUAAUGGAGAUGCUGCUACGAACCGUUUGUGGGAUGUUCUUGAAAAGGCUGUAACUGCUUGUCCAUCAACCGAAGAGUUCUGGCUGAUAUACUACACCGAGAAAGCAGCCAUUGGCGAUACAGCUGGAGCACAAGAGGUUCUUGCCAGAGCAUUUAAAAGCAAUCCCAAAAACGAGUCCAUCUGGCUGGCUGCUGUUAAGCUUGAAGUUGAUACGAAGCAGUACGACCGAGCAUCCAAACUGUUGGAACGAGCCAGACGCGAUGCUGGUACCGAGCGUGUUUGGAUUAAAAGUGUUGUUCUUGAACGACAACUCAAUCACCAUGACGAGGCACUUGAGCUCAUUGACCAUGGUCUGAAGCUGUUUCCACAGUCUGCAAAGCUUCAUCUACAAAAAGGACAGAUUUAUCUUGCCAAGGGUGAUAUCCCGUCUGCACGAACUGCUUUCACAGUUGGUACCCGAUCCAGUCCCAAGUGUGUACCUCUGUGGCUACUCCUGUCGAAACUUGAAGAACAGCAGACAGGAGUGGUCAGAGCUCGUGCAAUUCUCGACCGUGCUUCGUUAGUCAACGACAAAAACGCCCUCAUCUGGCUUCAUCGAAUCCAGUUAGAAAAGCGUGCUGGCAACGAAUCACAAGCCAUGAAACUCAUGGCUCGAGCCCUUCAAGAUUGUCCGAAAUCCGGAUUGCUAUGGUCUGAAUACAUUCUUCUCCAGCCCCGACAAUCGCGAAUGCAAAUACUCAAGCAAGCCGUCACCGAAUGCGAGCACGAUCCUUACGUUCUCACAAGUGCUGGACGAUAUUUCUGGCAAGAAAACAAACUACCCAUGGCCAAAAAAUGGCUCGAACGAGCUGUCAAAGCAGACAACGACAACGGCGAUGCCUGGUUGUGGCUGUACCACUUUUCGGUUUCUAACGACAAAUUCCUCUUCGAGGCGCCUCAAGUGCUCAAACAAAUGCUCGCAGCCCGUCCCAAACAUGGGCUCAUCUGGCCGUCCUUCUUCAAAGACGUCGCCUCUCACGAAACACCUCUUGUAGAUAUAUUCACCCGAGCAGCCGCAACUCUCGGGCAAUAA